AUGCCUAAAAACAAGGGAAAAGGAGGAAAAAACCGCCGUCGAGGGAAAAAUGAAAAUGAAUCCGAAAAACGAGAGCUCAUUUUUAAAGAAGACGAACAAGAAUAUGCCCAAGUUACAAAAAUGCUUGGUAAUGGCAGAUUAGAAGCUAUGUGUUUUGAUGGUGUUAAAAGACUUUGUCAUAUUAGAGGGAAAUUGAGAAAAAAGGUAUGGAUCAACCAAGGGGAUAUCAUACUUAUUGGUCUUCGUGACUAUCAAGACUCAAAAGCAGAUGUUAUUUUAAAAUAUACACCAGAUGAAGCUAGGAAUUUGAAAACUUAUGGCGAAUUUCCUGAAUCAGUGCGGAUUAAUGAUACAGUCACAUUUGUUGAGGAUGGCUUGGAUGAAGAUAUUGAGUUCGGAGAUGACUACAGUUCAGAAGAAGAGGGGGAUGCUGUUGAUGCUAUUUGAUUGAUCAAUGUCGAAUAAAAGCAUAAACAAUAAAUUGUUUAAAAUAUUA